ACGUAACUAGUUUGACAGCUGCCUGCAACCCUGAAAGCGAACUUUUAUUUUUCCAAUCAAAUUGUUGGAUUCAAUUGUUACUUCAGUGUGUCCCACCAAUUGCCAGUUAACCAUAGAAACCAUAUGUGUGGAAGCCGCUUCUGCCCGACCGUAGGUUCAUCAUCAUCAUCAUCAUCAUGAGGCUGCUGCUCAAAGAUUUAACGCGUUUGACAACGCAGCAUCGCACCCUUUAUUGCUACUUGUUUCUCAGUCUAUGGAUCUUCCUACUGAUAGCGGGCAUGUAUCGCUAUAUGGGCAAUGCUGAGCACAGUGGCAGUCUGGGCAGUGGCGGCUUUGGUUCUGGCACCGCCAUCUCCUCUGCAGGCGUAGUUGCUGGUGGUGGUGCUGGUGGGUCAACUGAUGCUUCCUCAGGUGCGCAGAGAUUCGCUAAGUAUCGUGAACGCUGCGCUCCGCUGGCACAGUUGAUUCGCAUGGAUGAUGGCGGCAUACUGGAAGGCUGGAAGCUACAGGGUGUGCUCCUGGUCAUCAGGCAUGGCGAUCGUGGUCCCAUGUCGCAUGUUCAUGCCAAUGGCAUCAAUUGUGGUGUACCCGCCGAUGGGGACAGUCUGGUCAACAGAUAUCGCAGCUUUCUGCACAAUUCCAGCAACUCCGCCUCGGGCUCCAAUCACAUGUACUGGAACAAGGUGGGUCCGUUUCAUGGCUUCCCGCUGCUCCCCGCCACCGAACGAGGCUGUCCGCUGGGACAGCUGACCUUCAAAGGCAUUGCUCAGCUGCUGCAUGUGGGUGAGGUUAUGCAUCAGAUCUAUGCCCAUCCUCUGGGAUUGCUGCUCAAUCCGAAGGCGAAUGGAUUGCGUAACUCGGUGGACACAACAACAACGCCACACACGCUGCUCAACUCAGAUGAGGUGGUGGUGUUCACCACCCGCUAUCGUCGCACCUUUCAGUCCGCAUUGGCGCUGCUCUUCGCCCUGUUGCCGGCGGACAAGUGGCUGGCGUUGAAUGUGAGGGAAUCCCAUAGCAUGGCCUUUUGCUUUGGCGAUUGCAGCUGUGCACAGUCUGCGGUGCUGCAGAAGCGUCUGGUCUCCUUGGCGGAUCGACAGCUGCUGCGACGGUCCGAUGUCCUGGCGGUGAUGCAGUGGAUCGGCGGCACCUUGUUGCAGCAUUCGGCCAAUGAGGGUGGCAUCACCAAUCCCUUCGAGGUCGUGGAUGCCAUGUUGACCGUCCUCUGUCAUGAUGCCAACUUGCCCUGUCGCCGUCGCAAUGUCAGCCAGGCAAUGGCCAGCACACGGCCCAACAACAACAACCAGCAGGAUCUGGUGGAUGUCAUCAAUAUUGAUCAGGAUGAGACGGCAACGAAUUUAAUGCAAGAAGGAUUGGCAGCUGCUGAGCCCGAAUCGGAACCCGAAUUGCCGUCUUUGGAUGGCGACAAUGAGGGUUGUGUCGAUGCUGCCCAUGUGAAUGCCCUCAUGUCCUUUGCAGAUGAGCUUUCCCAGCGCACGGCUCGUCACACCUACUACAAGCGAUCGGGAUUAUUGCGGGCCUACGGCAUGAUCCGACAUAUUGUUGGAUAUAUGCUCAAAAUGAUAUCCGGAGAUCGGACCAAGUUUGUGCUCUAUUCCGGCCAUGACUGCACCAUGCAGUACCUGACUGCCGCCCUGGGCAUUGUGAAUAGUCAGGGACAGACCAUUAAUUAUGCCUCCCGUCUCGCCUUCGAGGUGUAUCGCAGCGAUGCUCAUACGGACUAUUAUUUCCGAGUCGUCUACAACGGACGGGAUGUGACCCAACAAAUCGAUUUUUGUGAGGGCGGCAAGAGUUUGCGGGUGACCCGCGAUAGUCGUGGCAAUAAGGCCGAUCUCUGUCCCAUCGAGAACAUCAUCCGAUUCCUGCACGAGGACUAUUUUGCCCCCCUCAAUGCAACCAACUUUAAGGAGGCAUGUGCCACGCCCAUCGGCAACCCGGCCAAAGCCAACGAGUUCUAAGGGCCACCGGGUUUAUUUCUCAGCACUUUGAACUGUGAUAAAUACUCUAGUUAUAAGACACUAACCCCAAUUAAACAUAUCAAAUCGAUCGAUCGCACACACUUAUAUUAUACCAAUAUCUAUCUAUAUAUAUAUAUACGAGUAUAUGUUAUGUAUAUUUACAUAAUUAGACGAAUUUCAGGUGAAUCACACUAAUUCGCUUAUUCCUUAACAGAAAUCGAUACAUAUCAGCGUUUGCUUCAAUGCAACGCAAUCGAUCAUAUUUAUAUGUUUUGUCUAUAUAUAGGAUAAGGAAGAAUAAUCUCUGCAGACGGAGAUCAAGCUCACUCCGAACAUAUCAUUACCAUAUCAAGCACACAUACAGUGCAAAACUUUUAAAUGUAUACAAAAUCAAUUCCGUUUUAAAUUAAAUUUAAUAAUUACAUAAAUAAAAUUAAAUGUUGUUGCAAGA